CCAGACAAACCGAGCGCACCAGCCGGCUCUCCGCAGGCUGCGGGAAGAAGUCAGGACGGCGACCCGUGUCCCUGCUGGAGGGGCUGCCGGGAUCCCGCCAGCCACGGGGGGAGCUGGGGCCCGCCUAGCGGGGCAGGCGGCACCCUGGGUUUGGCUGUUUUAUACUGGUUCAAGGCAAACUCACUCUUUUGUUACAAGAUGCAGCAUUUCACACAUCAACUGGAACUAUUUCCUGACUGUCGUGUGACUCUUGUUUUGUUUAACGAUGUCAAAAAUGCUGUUGCUCUAAGAAAAAAAGCAAUGGAAGGAUCUAUUGAUGGAGCAUUAAUAAAUCCUGCAAUGCUUCUGCACAUGGUUGGACUUCUGGGCCUAUCCACAGCCCCAUGGACUUCACUUGGACUUCAUACAAGUAUUGUUGAUCCAUUUCAGAUUCUUGUGGCAACAAACAAAGCAGUUCACCUACACAGGAUUGGUAAAAUGAAGACUAGAACUCUUAAUGCAGAAAUUAUUUUCAACCUUUCCCCAAACAACAAUAUUUCAGAUGCAUUGAAAAAGUUUGGUAUUUCAGACAAUGAUUCUGCAGUGCUCAUUGUUCUGAUUGAAGAUAAAGAAAAAACUGUAAAUCUGGAAAGCAUAAUAUCUCAAGUGGAAGGCCAGCAGGUUUCUCUAGCAGAACUCCACAAAAUAACAGACAUAUCCAAAGUUAAAAAGAUGUACAAACUUACUCCACAGGAAGAAAAAAUUGGCACCUUACUUGAUGGCAUCAUUUGCAGAAUGUCGACAAAAGAUAUUGCAUGAAAACAUUCAAAUAAAAGAAAAAAUCCACUUUAAAGCUACAGGAACAACUAUUGCAACCAUUCUUAUUAGUUUUGGACUCUGUCUCAAUACUAAAGUACUUUGCACUCCUUUAUUUUAUUUUGUUUGGAAGAGUCACUAAAACAUUCUGUGAAAGAAACUGACAGGACAUAAACCACUAAAGGAACACUGAAGCAAUAUUUUAUCUUAAGCUUCAUUGAACUUCAGAAAUGCGUCACAUAGUGCAGUACUGAGCAGAGUACAUAUUGCAACUUGUACAUAUUCUACCCAUUGUUUUAUUUACAAAUAUUUUUUAAAAUAAUUUUUCCCAAUAUCUUUUAACUGGUCCUAAACAUAAGGUUUCAAAAUUUAUUACUACUUUACCUUUGUUGUAAAGUGCUUUAAGAUAAUCAGAUAUGCCACUAAUGGUGCAAACUAUUUUUAUUAUCCCCAAGGCCUGCAAUGACUUGGUUUGCAUGAGCAUGGAGAAUAAAGGAUGAUACGGAGACAUUUUUAGCUGCUUAGUGUUUAUGUAUGUAUCAUACUUGUCUAACUAUCAUGCACUAGGAGAGCAUAUACAAACUGCCUCUUGUGAUUUCCGAGCACUCACAAGUGUAUGUCAAAAACACAUAGAAAAUGGGUACCUGCCCCAAGGAGCUUACAAUCCAAAUGAGAGAUUUGACAAAUGAGGGUAACAUGUACACUAUGGAAGGGGGAGAGGUGAGGAAGGAACCAGGUCAUGGGGAUGUAUUUACAUUGCUAUUCUGUUAUGCACAUUUAGUUGGUUCAUAAACUACUUCAUGUAAAUGCACUCAUUUAUUUGUUGAUGAUAUUGCAGAAGUUAGUUUUUAAGAAGGAUUUGAAUGAGGUAAUUGUGGAGGCUUGAACAACUUUUUGGAAGACAUUCCAAGCAGAAGGGCUAACAAGGAAGAAGCCACAGAGAUGUUUGCAAGAGGAGAUGCAAGGGGUAUUGAGGCUGGUGUCAGUGAAAGGUCAGGAGCUGAUACAACCUGUCAUGGAAGGUUUUCUCAGCAGUCUAGCUGUACAGCUAUUGUGGCUCACCAUUUGAGAACUCAAAAUAGUCAGGAUAGACAUGGGUAAAGAUUUUUUUUCCCUUCAGCUUGUGAUGAAAGACGCAGAAGAAUGUAGAAGCAUGCAAAAAGAAAGGUGGAGGGUUCUUGCCUUCAAUAUAUCUGUAACAAAACUAGAAUAGCAUGUAGUAAGAAAGCCAGAGGAUCUUCUACUAAUCCAUCUAAACUUCUAAGGGCGCCUGCAGUUUCACCCAUGACAUUCUGCUUGCUCUGCUUUUUUGAAUAAAUAAUUAUCUUCUUUCUA